AUGGCUCGGUGCUCGCUUUGCCACGAUCUCGUCAGGAGAGACGAAGAUGAUGCGCGCUUAGCCUUCAACUUCACACCCCAGGAACUCGUGCGAUCCGCGUUCUACAAGCAUUGCGAUUCCUGCCUUGUCAUCCUCGAAGGCCUUCGACAGUCUGAAAAGCCAGACUGGUCGUGGCAGCGCGAUAUACGCAGAGUGUACGCGCGAUGCCACGACAAGUCGCGCAGCUCCUUCCAGGAUACACUUCGCUUGGAGAUUUACUUCGUAGAUGAUCGACCCAAGUUGGAUCUCGAAUACUACAGUCUUCGGCCGCAUCUGGACUGGGUGUCAGGUUUCUUGAAGCAAUCCAUUGCUGGGACGUUCAGAGAGGCGAUGCAACUGACAAUCAAGCUUGGGGUUCGAUAUAUCUGGAUAGACUCGCUGUGCAUCGUACAGGAUGAUGCAGAGGAUUGGGAGGUUCAGUCUGCUCUCAUGUCUGAGAUAUACCAGAAUGCAGUCCUCACAAUCGCGGCUACAUCUUCGAGCGGAGACAACGAGGGGAGCAGCAAAAGGAUUGGAAAUCGUGCUCCAGACAUCGAAGUCGCUUUGCCAGAGGAUGUGGGCACUUGUCGCAUUGGAGUCAGGAGGCCGCUCGAUCACUUCGAUGUUCAGACCGCGGGUGGUCUCCUCGAUCACUUUCCACUACUCACUCGAGGAUGGGCUUUUCAAGAACGUCUAUUGUCGCCCCGCGUACUACACAUCUGCGAAUUUGAGUUGGUAUGGGAGUGCAGAGAAGCGAGCAGGUGUGAGUGUGGUGGGGUGAGCCAAGAAAAGAGCCCUGGUGGAGCUUACCAUCACGCGGUACGAGCACAAGAGAAAGAACAACACAAAAUUGCUCGUCUAAACAAUGCCGUGCGCAUGGAAGCUAUGCGGCUGGCUCGAAAUGACGACGUUCAGAGACCCAGUGACGAUCCGGAAACCGAAUUACCACCUCCUUAUGAAGAGGCCAUCUCGCGAGCCAGCACAGAAGACUCAAUCACCUCGGCUAUCGUAUACGGACUAAAGAUAUCAGAUGACGACAUCUUUGCCUUCGACGUUGCAUCCAACGUGCCAUUUCACGCGGCCAUUACACCGCCAGUCAACGAAGAAGACACCCAAGACUGUCCAGAGCUGGUAUUCCACUUCCACCGCAUCGUAGAGCAAUACUCCACCCUGAAAUGGACCAAGCCUUCCGAUCGUCUCGUAGCAUUUUCCGGCUUGUGUAAGCGAGUCCAGCAUCUCCGCAACAACUAUUUGGCCGGCCUAUGGUCCGAUUCAAUCGGCUACGACCUCAUAUGGCGCGUCGAGACCAUCAACCUCAAUACGGCAGACAACGGCGCUAGGUCGCCCGAGUAUCGCGGACCAACAUGGUCCUGGGUAUCUGUCGACAGUCCCAUCAGCUACUGGACCGACAUUAUCAAUUUCCGCGAUGAAUCUGUUGCAAUGUACAGAGCAUAUUACACCGCUGCAGGCAGCCACCCCGACAACAUCGCCAUGGCUGUUACCGUCCCCGGUGCAAACCCCUUCGGCUCCGUAGCGUCCGCUAUACUCACCAUCGAAGCAUCGUCAAACAUAGGUGUCCUGCGCUACACAUACGACCCACACUGGCUCGGCGGCGCGGGCAAGCACGAUCCCGUGCGCUACAAGAUUGAAGUGAGCAUCGCUAGGGGAGACGCGAUUGAAAGUCACGAGAUACCGUUUGAAGCUGAUUAUUCCUUGGGCGCCGAAGGGGAGUCACAUGUUCCUGCGGAUUCGGAGGUCGUGUUGCUGUUGAUACAUCCGCAGGUGUGCUUGGUGCUGCGACCAGCGCAACGAGUUGUCGCGCCGGUCGUGGUGAAUGGCGGGCCUGCUUGGGAACGCAUUGGCCAUGCGAGGAUUCCAGAGGCUUUUGUGAAUUACUAUAGCAUCGACUGGAUGAGUGGAUCAGAGGUGAGGAAGUUCCAUAUUGUGUGA